UUGCACUGGGAACAGCUUAUCGAAUCACUUAGGGUCACAUCGAGUAACCUCUGGGACAGAUACUCUGGAGUCAUACUGCACCCUCCCCCCUACACCACCACCACCCCCCACACCCCCACCCCUGCUUGCAGAAGGAAAAGACUCAGCAGUCACCCCUGCACCUUUUGGGUUUUUUGGGAUUGUGUAGAGAACAGAUGACCAUGUCCAGACUGAACCCUGUAUCACUGCCAUUGCUGUUGGUGCUGACAUCCGUAUUCUGUGGUUACCUGCCCGAGUCAGAGAGGGAAACUCUCAACUCCCUGCUGAGGGUCAUGCUUCAGUCAGUGAACCCCAUUGAGGGCCCUCCGAACCCCAGUGUCCACAUUGCGUUACGACUGGCCAGCGACCAUCAUCUGCCGACAGAGGUACUGCUCCUACAGCAGCUGAAGAUGACUGCAGUCGAGAAAGUGAAACAUGGUGAGAACUUCUCCUCCGGUCUAGUUGCUCUUUAUACCUUGGCCAUGGCUGCAUCCUGCCACAAUCCAACCGAUGUUUCCUACAAAGGGGAAAGAAUUAACCUGGUGGAGAUACUGCAAGAGAAAUUAACCAAGGAAAUCGAACAUAUCGGGAAAACUACAUUCCCUCUUAGUAACUAUUACCAAGUGAGCCUGGACGUGCUGACACUCUGUGUGAUGGACGCAGAGUUUUCACAGGACUUCGUCCAGAUCCUCAUCGAUGCAGUCAUGAACGACAAAUUCACAUAUGACUCCGAAUUCUCAGUUGAUACAGGAGCUGUAGCAGCACUCGCUUUGAGGUGUGUGAAUGACAGGAUAACAAACAUGCACAUUUCAAAUGCACUCAACUAUAUCCUCGAACAGAUACUUAGAAGAAUAAUGGAUGAUGGUCUGAUUGGUAAUCUCUACAGUACAGGUCUGGCAAUGCAGGUAAUUCCCACAAACACUAACACAGAUACACACUGACACACUUGCAACCACUCACAGCCACACGCUGUCCAACCUACACCCACAGAGAGUUAAUGUACACUGUUCCAAUCCAUAUAUACGCUGGGGGUUACUGUACACUGUUCCAGUCCCCAUGCACCCUGGGGGUUACUGUUCACAGUUCCAGUCCCCAUGCACCCUGGGGGUUACUGUAUAAUGUUCCAAUCCCUAUUCCCACUGAGAGUUACUGUACACUGCUCCAAUGCCCCCUGGGAUUAAUGGACUCUGUGGCAAUCCCCAUGCACCCUGAGAGUUACUGUACACUGCUCCAAUGCCCCCUGGGAGUUACUGUACACUGUUCCAAUCCCCAUACACACAGGGAGUUACUGUACACUGUUCCAAUCCCUAUUCCCACUGGGAAUUACUGUACACUGUUCCAAUCCCCAUGCACCCUGGGGGUUACUGUACACUGUUCAAAUCCCCAUACACACUGGGAGUUACUGUACACUGUUCCAAUCCCUCUUUCCACUGGGAGUUACUGUACACUUGUUCCAAUCCCGUACUAACUGAAAGUUACUGUACACAGUUCCAAUCCCGUACACACUGGGAAUUACUGUACACAGUUCCAAUCCCUAUUCCCACUGGGAGUUACUGUACACUGUUCCAAUCCCGUACUAACUGAAAGUUACUGUACACAGUUCCAAUCCCGUACACACUGAGAGUUACUGUACACUGUUCCAAUCCCCAGACACACUGGGAGUUACUCUAUACUGUUCCAAUCCCUAUUCCCACUGGGAGUUACUGUACACUGUUCCAAUCCCUAUUCGUACUGGGAGUUACUGUUCCAAUCCCCAUGCACCCUGGGAGUUAACUGUACACUGUUCCAAUUCCUAUUCCCACUGGGAGUUACUGUACACUGUUCCAAUCCCUAUUCCCACUGGGAAUUACUGUACACUGUUCCAAUCCGUAUUCCCACUGGGAGUUACUGUACACUGUUCCAAUCCCCAUGCACCCUGGGAGAUACUGCACACUGUUCCAAUCCCUAUUCCCACCCGGAGUUACUGUACACUGUUCCAAUCCCCAUGCACCCUGGGAGUUACUGUACACUGUUCCAAUCCCCAUACACACUGUGAGUUACUGUACACUGAUCCAAUCCCUAUUCCUACUGGGAGUUACUGUUCCAAUCCCCAUGCACCCUGGGAGUUACUGUAUAAUGUUCCAAUCCCUAUUCCCACUGGGAGUUACUGUACACUGUUCCAAUCCCCAUGCACCCUGGGAGUUACUGUACACUGUUCCAAUCCCCAUGUACACUGGGGGUUACUGUACACUGUUCCAAUCCCUGUGCACCCUGGGAGUUACUGUACACUGUUCCAAUCCCCAUGCACACUGGGGGUUACUGUACACUGUUCCAAUCCCUGUGCACCCUGGGGGUUACUGUACACUGUUCCAAUCCCCAUGCACCCUGGGGGUUACUGUACACUGUUCCAAUCCCCGUGCACCCUGGGGGUUACUGUACACUGUUCCAAUCCCCAUGUACCCUGGAAGUUACUGUACACUGUUCCAAUCCCCAUACACACUGGGGGUUAUUGUACACUGUUCCAAUCCCCAUGUACCCUGGGAGUUACUGUAUAAUGUUCCAAUCCCUAUUCCCACUGGGAGUUACUGUACACUGUUUCAAUCCCCAUGCACCCUGGGGGUUACUGUACACUGUUCCAAUCCCCAUGUACCCUGGGAGUUACUGUACACUGUUCCAAUCCCCAUACACCCUGGGGGUUAUUGUACACUGUUCCAAUCCCCAUGUACCCUGGGAGUUACUGUAUAAUGUUCCAAUCCCUAUUCCCACUGGGAGUUACUGUACACUGUUUCAAUCCCCAUGCACCCUGGGGGUUAUUGUACACUGUUCCAAUCCCCAUGUACCCUGGGAGUUACUGUAUAAUGUUCCAAUCCCUAUUCCCACUGGGAGUUACUGUACACUGCUCCAAUGCCCAUACACUCUGGGAUUAAUGGACACUGUUCCAAUCCCCAUACACCCUGGGAGUUACUAUACACUGUUCCAAUCCCUAUUCCCACUGGGAGCUACUGUACACUGUUCCAAUCCCCAUACACACUGGGAGUUACUGUACACAGUUCCAAUCCCGUACACACUGGGAAUUACUGUACACUGUUCCAAUCCCUAUUCCCACUGGGAGUUACUGUACACUGUUCCAAUCCCGUACUAACUGGAAGUUACUGUACACUGUUCCAAUCCCCGUACACACUGGGAAUUACUGUACACUGUUCCAAUCCCUAUUCCCACUGGGAGUUACUGUAUACUGUUCCAGUCCCAAUGCACCCUGGGAAUUAUUGUACACAGUUCCAAUCCCUAUUUCCACUGGGAGUUACUGUACACAGUUCCAAUCCCCAUACACACUGGGAGUUACUGUACACAGUUCCAAUCCCAUACUAACUGGAAGUUACUGUACACAGUUCCAAUUCCGUACACACUGGAAGUUACUGUACACAGUUCCAAUUCCGUACACACUGGGAGUUACUAUGCACUGUUCCAAUCCUCAUACACACUGGGAGUUACUGCACACUGUUUCAAUCCCACACGCUGGGAGUUACUGUAUAGUGGUAGUGUGGCACUCCAUCAGUACUGACUCACAGACAAUGAUGUGCUGCUGGUCAGAUCACACGUUUGUCCACCGCCCUGGCUAAAACCCAUCUGCCAAUAGGUUUCCCCCCACUCUCUGUACAUGUGCUGGAGUGAAUAACAUUUCACAAUAGCCAGCCGUCAGGAAUAUUCUCAGUUGAUGUGCUCAUGAAAACUGUUCUUUCAUAGAAUCACUGAAUUACAGCACAGAAACAGACCCUUCGGCCCGUCUCUUCCGCAUCGACCACAUUAUUCCAAACUGAAAUGGUCCCAUUUAUUAUAGUAUAGAGGGAAGCCAUUAAGCUCAGCUUUCCUACACUGGCUGCAUUGUGAAGAACCGAUGUCGCCCCCAAAUCCCUGCACACCGUUCCAUGUGAAACACCCAUCCACUUCCCCUCUGCAAUUCCGGAAUUGAGUUUGCCUCCCCUUCAUUUCCAUAUCUUUGGUACCUGCUGAACGAGAAAUGUUUUCUCUCUUCUCAUAUCUGCCUUGCUUCACUUGGUCAUCAGUCCCUGACAUGAGGAGAGCAAGAGUCA